AUGAUCCCCCUCGUCGUUCGUUCCCUCCGGGGAGCUGUCGCCCGCAUCUCCCCGAGCGCAUACUCCUACUCCCCUCUAGGAAACGUCAAUUCCAAUUCAGAACCCUCAUCACCUGGUGGCUCGAACCCUCCCGCGCAAUCCAGCUCCCUCCUCGCACGAUUAACGGCAAUCCUCUUUUUCCUGCUGCCCUCCUUCGUUCAGCGCCGACUGCGACCCAACGACUUCAAGCACCGACGCUUAUAUCCUACCUCGUGGCUCGAUGGUCUGCGCGGCGUUGCAUCGCUGAUUGUCUUCUUCUGCCACUUCACCGAGAAACAUGUUGGCUGGUUCACGGCGAGGGCAUACGGCGUUCCCGAUGAAAACGACCAUGUCGCUUCCUCUCCGCUGCAAUUGCCCUUCCUCCGCGUCAUCUUCAGCGGUCGGCCCAUGGUCCACAUCUUCUUCAUCAUCUCGGGCUUCGUUCUGUCUCUCAAGUCUUUGAAGCAGGCUAGGAAACAUGACUACGAUGGACUGCAUCGCACUCUGUCAAGCAGCGUCUUCCGCCGUGGUUUCCGCCUGUUUCUGCCGACCACUGCGUCUACUUUCAUAAUCCUCGUCAUGAUUCGCCUGGGAUGGAUGGGACAACCCUUGCCUACACUGUGGGAGCAGCUGGUGGACUGGAAGAACGCAGUGUGGAGAAUUACCUUCAGCUGGCAGUGGGAUAUUACCCAGAUUCUGCCCUAUGAUGUCCAUCUUUGGACCAUUCCCAUCGAAUUCUCCCACUCGCUACUCCUGUUUGUCGUUCUCACUGGCGUGAGCCGCAUGAAGACGUACUUACGCCUCGCUUCGGUUUUCUCCAUCAUGAUCUACUGCCUCAAGUGCAGCCACUGGGCCGGCUUCGAGUUCUUGGGUGGCAUGUUCCUUGCCGAGGUCGGUUUGAUCGAGGAAGCUCGCCAGGAGCACAAGGCGGCCGCUUUGCAGAACAAGGAGGCAUCCGAAAUGGAAUCUUCGACUGCGUCCGACUCGUCUUCAAGUUCCCUUGUAGUUCGCGUGUUCAAGACUUUCCUCGUCGGCAACUUGAUUUUUGCCCUGUUUGUGGCCGGCUGGCCGAACCAAAAGGCCGACAUCACCCCGGGAAUGUCACCACUCUGGCACAACACCAUGGAGCCUUUCUUCACCAUGGGCGGCGACCUCGUCUCCUUCCCCUGGUAUGCCCUUGGCGCGUUCCAGAUCGUCAUUACUCUGCAACACAUCAAAGUGUUGCAGAACCUGUUCGUGACGCCACUAGCGCAGUACCUCGCAGACAUCAGCUACGCGCUUUACCUUGUCCACGGACCCGUUCUCGACGUCUUUUCGCAUCGCUGGAUGCCGUACGUCUGGGCGCUUGUCGGCGGUAGAGACGAGACUGGCGUGAUUGGGCGACUCGUGGCGUGGUUUCUCGGAAUUGUCUUGCUUGGUGUGCCGACCGUCUGGGGCAGCGACGUCUUUUGGAGAACCAUCGAUGUCAAGAGUGUAGAGCUGGCACGCUGGAUCGAGAGUCUCUGCACGCGAGACGGGUAG